CUCUGGCAUGUCCGACCCUGGAGCAGUAUGCCAUGCGGGCCUUCGCCGACGCCCUGGAGGUCAUCCCCAUGGCGCUUGCCGAGAACAGCGGCAUGAACCCCAUCCAGACCAUGUCCGAGGUGCGAGCCCGACAAGUGAAGGAGAUGAACCCCGCUCUGGGGAUCGACUGCCUGCACAGGGGCACCAAUGAUAUGAAGCAACAACAUGUCAUAGAAACUUUGAUUGGCAAAAAGCAACAGUUCUCCCUGGCAACCCAGAUGGUGAGAAUGAUUUUAAAGAUUGAUGACAUCCGUAAGCCUGGAGAAUCUGAAGAAUAGAGCUGAGAGUCUGAUGGGUCACGAAGACCCCCGAGUGAUUGAACACAUCUGGUUAUUUAUUGACCCAACACCCAUGUGGGA